GGAGUUUCACGGAGCCCAAAAAUCUAUUUUUCAGAAAAUAAAUUUGGCAAAUUCGUUUUUUGAAAAUAUUUUUGACUAUUUUGAUAUCAAUUUGAAAAAAAAAAUAAACGUAAUGAUAGAUUUCGAAUUAAUAAAAAGCCUUCAAUUUAAAAAAUUUUCAAAUGUGUGUGAUUAUUGCAAUGUAAGAGCAAUACAAAAAUAAAGAUGGCUAACCAUUAUGAAGUGCCCAAUUGGGCAGGAAAGCCACCAAUUGGUCUUCAUUUAGAUGUUUUAAAAGGCGACAAAUUAAUACAAAAAUUAAUGAUAGAUCAGAAAAAAUGUUAUUUAUUCGGACGAAACGCUCAAUUGAAUGAUUUUUGCAUUGAUCACGCAAGUUGUUCUCGAGUUCAUGCUGCAUUUGUCUACCAUAAACAUUUAAACAGAGCGUUUCUUAUUGAUUUAGGAAGUACUCAUGGUACUUUUAUUGGUCCAUUGAGAUUAGAACCGUAUAAACCGACACAGCUAGCGACGGAUUCGACAUUUCAUUUUGGUGCUUCUACACGCAAUUACGUUUUGCGCGAACGCCCACAAGCAGGAUCACGCCCUAUAAUAGACGAGCUGGAGACGGAAACUAAUGAAGAUGGGGAAGGAGGACUCUUAGGUCUUCCUGAAAAUGAGCUAGAAUUGGAUAAUCUCACAGAAUUUAAUACCGCACAUAAUCGCCGAAUUUCUAUGUUGGGUAUAACUGAUGACAGCGAAAAACGGACAAAUUCUCGAAAACGUAAAAGACGAGGUGUAUCAUUUAACGAAGACGAAGAAAUAAUCAAUUUAGAAGAUAUUGAUCCAACAAUUGGAAGAUUUCGAAAUUUAGUACAAACCACAAUUAUACCUUCGACACAAAAGCGGCCAAAAUUAGCAAUGGAUCUUAGUUUAUCAUCAAGUUCAACGGAUAUUGGUUUGGCUAAAAAUUUACAUCCGAAUAUAUCACAUCUGUAUCAUGACAUUCCACCGGAAACGCAUUCAGGUGGCCCCAUUUCCCCAUCAUCUUUAACAUCUAGUUCAAUGUUUAGUAAUUUUAAUAAUUUAAGUGCAAGAUUAGGUAUGUCGUUACCAAAUCCAGCACCAGAAGUUGAUAUGAUGGAAACACAACCGAUACCAUCUAAUUCACAAUCCUUUAACAAUGCGAUGCCAAGUAAUAAUCAAAAUAUUAGUGAUUCGGGACAAACACAAGAGCCCAAAAAGAAAAAGUAUGCAAAAGAAGCUUGGCCGGGUAAAAAACCAGUACCUGGCCUUUUCUGAAUAUUUAAUACACAAUCAUCUACAAUUAUACUCCAUUCCUUUAUGGAAAUGGUUUCGAAACUUUUCAUUUGUAUUGUAAUAAUUAUUUGUAACGUAAAUAGAUUUUCGUUGAACUAAAAUAGGGUUAAAAAUGCCUUACA